AUGGCGUCCCCACCCCGUAAAAGAUCCAACACUCCGAGUGUCGUAGAGGCAGUGAAUCCUAGUUUUGAUGAUCUUCCAUCAAGCCUCUUGGAAGUAAUUAUGUCUCGGCUUGUAUUAAAAGAUAACAUCCGUGCCUCAGCUUCUUGCAAAACAUGGCGUGAAGCUGCAAUAUCUGUCCGUGUAGUAGAAGAACACCCUUGGCUUUUUUGUUUUCCUAAACGUGGCACUUCGUUUGAACUCCGCGAUCCGUUACAUUCGAAGUCGUACACUUUGAAUCUGCCAGAGCUAGCUGACUCCACUUUGUGUUACUCAAGAGACGGCUGGUUACUUAUGCGUAGAUCUGUUUCAAAAGACAUGUUCUUCUUCAACCCGUUUUCUCAGGAGCUCGUAACCUUGCCCAAGUUUGAGGAGUCUUUACUGGUGGUUGCAUUCUCUUGUCCUCCUACAUCGGAUCAUUGUGUCGUAGGCCUUGUGUCAGCGUUAAGUUUUGAUGUAGAGGCUCAAGAGAGAAGGAUAACCAUCAGCACUUGGCAUCCUGGAGCAACUGAGUGGAUCACUCAAGAGUCCGCGUUUCACUCUCGUUUUCCAGGCUACUAUACGAAAAACAGCAAGCUUUUCUAUCUCAAUAAAAUAUUCUAUUUCUUUCACUUCUUUAGCCACGGAGGAGGGAAUCUUUACUCGUUUCACACAUCUUCUCGCACAUGGUGUUUUCAUUAUGCGUAUGUCUUUAGUGAACAUCAAUUUAAUUAUUACCAGGAAGCAUCUUUUCUGGCAGAGAAGAAUGGAGAGCUCUUUCUCAUGCUUACAAGUGGGAAUGAGAAGCCAUUGAUCUAUAAACUAGUCUCUUUGCAUUGGGUAAAGAUGAGUAUUACCGAGCUUGACGGCUUGACAUUCUUUGUCAGUUAUUAUAACUCUGAGGUAAGACUUAAUCUCCCAUGGAUGAGGAACAAUGUAUACUUUUCAAGGUUUGGUUACAAUCGCAAGAGAUGUGUCUCCUACUCGUUUGAUGAAAGCAUGUACAGUCCGUCUAAGGAAUGGCACAAUUGGCUACAACUUUGCCCUCCUCAAAGCAUCUGGAUCGUCCCACCCAAGAACGUUUUAGACUAUCUGUCACAGUUGCAUGGAAAUUGA